AUGGAAUCCACGGACGUCAAAAUUCGCUGGUGUCAUCUCUCUCCUCCGGAAGAGUCCGAGGCAUACCCAGGAUUUAAUCCAUCAAUCACUGUGUUACCGGUGGGCCAUAGGCGAAGGGAGAAUUCUCGUCCCCUUCACGAGUCUAUGGUUUUUGAGCGAGAUCAGAUCCUUCGCCUUCGUGACGGAACCAAAAUAUACGCCGAUAUCUAUCGUCCCGCCAAUGAGGCUGUUGUACCGGCUAUAAUGGUUUGGGGCCCGUAUGGGAAGUCGGGCAGUGGGAAGCUGAACCUCGCUUCUUUCCCGCUGCGAGUCGGUAUAGCAGAAAGCCGACUCUCCGGUUAUGAGAGUUUUGAGGGCCCCGACCCUGCUGAAUGGGUACCACGUGGCUACGCGAUUGUCAACGUGGAUGCCAGAGGCGCGAUGGACUCGGAAGGAUCCAUGAGAUUCUGGGGUUCCGGUGACGGGAAAGACGGAUACGAUGCGAUUGAGGAGAUUGCAGGUCUACCAUGGUGUAAUGGCAAAAUAGCCAUGCUAGGAAACUCCUGGCUGGCUAUAUCACAGUGGUUUAUUGCCGCGGAAAGACCGCCACAUCUGGCUUGUAUCGCUCCUCUUGAAGGCGUCAGUGAUCCAUUUCGGGAGCAGCUCCGUCGAGGGGGAAUUCCUGAGUUGCAAUUUUGGAAUGCAUUAUUAGGUCUGCUCUGCGGCCGCAAUGACGUGGAAAAUAUCGUGACAAUGGCGGAGGAGUCCGGCCUAACGAAUUCCUAUUGGGAGGAUAAAAGAGCAAAAAUGGACCAGAUCGAGGUUCCUGCCUACAUUUUGGCCAGCUACUCGACUAUGCUCCAUACGCUAGGAUCUUUUCGAGGAUAUGAGGAAAUCCCUCACGACAAGAAAUGGCUUGUCGUCCAUGGUACUCAAGAAUGGUACGACCUGUACUCUCCAGAGAGGAUUCAGGAAUUAGCCGAUUUCUUUGACUGUUACACGAAAGCCCCAAAUGAGUGGGAGAGUACACCGCGUGUGCGCGCUACUGUACUUCCAUACAACCAGCCGGCACUGACUAAUAUCCCUUUCGAAGAACCUUUCUGGCCUCAUCGACAGACUAAAACCAAACGAUUGUUUUUGAAUUCAGAAGGUCGUCUGACAGAGAUUCAGCCCAAAGAGCCAGGCCAAUCAUCGUAUCAAGCCGAUUUUGCGCCAAUUUGGCAAAGGGGUAGCGACUCGGGAGAAAUCCAGUUUUCGUUCACCUUCCCUCACCGAACAACAAUUCUUGGCUCAUCGCGUGCUAUUAUUUACGUUGAGACAAAGACCGGGCCAGAUAUGGAUGUUUACGUGCAUCUAAGAAAAGCAGACCGGACUGGAAAGCUUCUAGAGCAUGUCAAUAUACCACUCAAAGACUUGGGAGUUGCCUCUGCAGAGGAAGUUCCUUUGACAAAUCCAAUGAAAUAUUUCGGUCCACAUGGCAUCUUGAGGGCAUCGUACCGAGAUGUGGCGGAAGAAAUAUCGAAGCCUCACUGGAAAACGCUCUCGCACAGGAGGCGUCUGCCGGUAAAUGUGGGAGAGGCAAUGCGAUUGGAGAUUGAGAUCUGGCCAACGGAUGCCAAGGACGAGAACUCUCUUGCCCUAUUUGAAACCGAUGAGGCAAAGGCCGUUCUCCUCGAUAUUCUCCAACGAUUCGAAAAAAGCCAUACAUCCUUCAGUUCUCUGGAGGUGCAGAUGGCCUAUGUAGAAAUGAAUCAUGUUAUUCCGGCCAGCUUCUGUCCUCGGCCGUCUCUACGACUUUUUAUACUGGGCGUAUUUGCGAAUUUCAUCAGCCCAGAGUCUCACCGUGAUCAGAUUUGGCUUCAUAUGGGAGGGGACGUCGAUGGGAACAAGGAGAGUGUCUCACAGCUUAUGCAGCAUGUGCAACAGGCGCAUGAGCAAUGGAUAUCUCGGAUUGAACAAAGCUCAGCCUCUAUUACCUCUAACUCGCCAAGGUUUUCCGAUCAUGCUCUCGAGACGAUGGAGGUAUCAGACGAUGAACACCUUGAGAGCGAGAAUGACAGUUCUCAGCAAGGUAGUUCCAAGUCUGCGGACAGUGGCGAUGCUCUACAUGAGAGUUCCAACAAUCUCGAAGUCCAGGAUCUUGCCUCCAAAUCCAAUCAAACCAGUGAAACCGACAUCACCAAGAUCUGCCGCGUCAUUGAGGCCAUAUCAAAUCAGCUUCGAGGUGUGGAGGUUGGUAUGCAGGCCCUCCAAAACAAGCAAGCCAAACUGGAAACAAACAUGGACCAAGGGCUUGCUGCUGGUCAGGAUGCCGAGAUGUCUGAUACAAGUGACGCCUCCUUUAAGCCAGACGAGGAGAUUGAGCAAAGUGAGGGUGAAGGAUAA